AUGUGCCAGGAUUGCGUAAAAGAAAGACAUCCUCAGAGGGUAAAUAGUCCGAAAAAAAAAUUUACCGUAGGUUUGCUUAUUAAAAAUUGCUUAACAUGUUUUAUAUAAAAAAGAUCCUACGUGCUGCCAUCAAAAAUCUUAUUAAUUAUAAGCUUAACAUAUUUAGGAUUUAAGCUCACUGAAUCUUUAAUAUUUAUCUUUAAAAAUGUAAGACUUAUUUCUCUUCAUUGAAUGUUUUCAGCAGGGACUGGAGAUUUCGGACUGAUGAUACAAAUCAAUACUUAUUCAAUAGACCUCUAUAGCUUGUAUGCUUUGUUUUCCCAAUGAAGCGGUCCCGAAUAAACGAAAUUGACCCUUUGUCUUUUCAUAUAUUUAAUAUGCAUAUGUAUACACAUGAAUAAGAUGAAAUUUGAAACAGUUCUCUAGGUGUUAUCAAAUAACCCGUAUUGGGAAAAUAAAGAGGUCUAUUCCAAGGGUGCCCUGAUUCUAGUCCCCAGAGACUGUCAAUUUUCUUUUGGUCUCGUGGUCUUAUUGCUGAGUGGUUCUAAGAAUAAAUGGAGGGUGCACAUCACCUCCAGCCAGUCAGAAUUUAUAUUGGGUGUUAUUCUUGUUCAUUCAAAAUAUGUUGCUGUUUCUGAUCGGCUUCAAUUCCGCAGCUAAUCCCUCAUAACCAGCUAGUGCUUACCAUAUUUCAGCAAUUUAUUAUUAUAUACCUUGGUAUAUUGCCUUUUAGUAAAAUCCAACUAGUGGUCUACUAUCAAAGCUGCGUUCUGAUUGGUUGAGCUACUAUUAGGCUAUAUGUUAUAGCCCACUAGUAGCGAAAAGCACCGGCUUUGAUAAACCAAAACAAUGGCAGCUGAAUCUCGUUUUGCUUAGAGCUAAAGUUGUUUUGUCUCGAUAUUUUUGACCAACUAGUUGGAUUUUACUAAAACAAUAUUCCUCUUGCCCUCAUGGCCUCCGAGUCAAUAGCCCAUUCAGCCUUCAGCCUCAUGGGCUAUUGACUCAGAGCCAAUUCGGCCUUGAGGAAUAGAUUGUUAAAAUGGUGAUCGCUGUGUACCGGCCAACUUUUUUAAAUUCAUAGUGUGACUUUUUCGUAGGGGUCUGAUAUCCAAAGAUGACUGAAGACAUUCUGAAAACUUGCAAAAUGUUCUGAACAGUUCCGUCUAACAUGAAUACAAGAACACAUAGUCCUGAACACAACUCUCCAAUGGCUUUCCCUACUAAACUAAGAGAAUUCGGAGAAAGUCAGUCAUGCUCAUGUAGACUUUUCUUUUCUCUCGUUGGUCAGUUAAUGUUGUAAUGCCUCAAACAUGUCUACCAAAAAUGAGAAAUUGGAACACAGGUGUGAGUAGACGUGGGAUCGAAGUUUUGGAUCAAGUGUCACACCUCAGGCAUGACACUUGGCAGGUAAAUCACUGCUUUCUCUUGAUCUGGUUAACUACCUAGUGUUCAGACCAGUACAUGUCUGUAUAUUUUAGGGCACCAUCUGUUUGGAGAGUGGUUCAUAUCUGAUGAACUUUGCGUCCUGUAUAGCUUGUGGUAGAAAAGAACCUCUCAAGAUUACAGACAAGUCAACUGAGGAGGAUGAAGAUGGCAAGGAACUCAUAACUUACAAGCGUAUGUUUGUAUUUCACUUAGAUACGACAUACAGCUUGUAUACAAAAUAUUAAAUCACAACAGUGCUGUCAACUCUCCUGGAUAAUCCAGGAGACUCCUGAUUUUGAGCCGUUUCUCGUGGUCUCCAGAUUAGAGUCUGAAAUCUCCCAGAUAAUUCCCGAAGUUUGCUAUUUCUUGUAGAUUUGACUUUCUGUCAAUGAAAUUUCAAAUAUUUUAUUUUUGCAUUGUUUGAGCUUUAAACUUUUAACACAGUCUGAACGUUUCCUCAUAAACCCCGGUAUAUCAUUGUAAUAUAAGCAAUAAUGUGCUCAGUGGAAAGUAAACCAAUCAGGUCCAAAUGUUGCAAUUCCAACAUCUUUUUUGCAUGUUUUUGUGCACAAAUGACUUCAUGUUUGGUGCAUUCAGAUGUCAUCUAUUAUCCCUUCCCUGUCAAUUCUCAAUAUUUGAAGAUGUGGGGAGUUGUUAUUGAUCCUGACAGAAAGAAAGGACCGAGUGAACAAAAUGAUGAAAAAAUGUGUAUAUCUAUUUUGAAAAACCCUUGUAGAUUUUGAUUCUAUGUGUAUUUUGAAUUUUAUUUUCAUAAUAACUGUUGGAGCUUUACAAUUUUUUUGCAGAUGUCUGUCCAAGCUGUGAUCACAUUGUUGCUUCUCAUGAAUACACAUUCAGAGUUGAGGGACAAUACCAGGUAUUUCCAGAAUUAAAUAAUAUUAUUAGUAUUCCAAGUCAUCGAAAGUCAUCUUACUUAUCCCAGUUAUCCAAGCAGGAGCAAAUUAUAUCCCACAGUCAUCCGAGUCAUUUCAUUCUUCCCAUUCAUCCCUGUCAUACCAGUCAUCCCAGUCUUCCUAGUCAACCUAGUAGUCAUCUCAGUCAACCCAGUCAUCCCAGUCAUCUUAGCUGUCCUAGUCAGCCUACUCAUCAUAGUCAUCUCAGUCAUCCAAGUCAACCCAGUCAUCCCAAACCUUCUACUCAUCCCUGUCAUCCUGAUCACCCCACCUCCAAGUCAUCCUAGUCAUCCCAGACAUUCCGGUCAUCCCAGUCAUCCUCGAUCAUCCUCAGUCAUCCUAGUCGUCUUAGCCAUGCCAGUCAUCCUCAGUCAUCCCACUCAUCCUAGCCAUGCCAGUCAUCUCAGUCAUACCAGUCAUCCUCAGUCAUCCUAGUCAUCCCUGUCACCCCAGCCAUCCCUACCAUCUCAGUCAUCCUCAGUCAUCCUAGCCAUGCCAGUCACCCCAGUCAUACCAUUCAUUCUCAGUCAUCCCAGUCAUCCUCAGUCAUCCUAGUCAUCCCUGUCACCCCAGCCAUCCCUGUCAUCUCAGUCAUCCUCAGUCAUUCCCAGUCAUCCUAGUCAUCCCAAUCCAGUAAACCCAGUCAUCCCUGUCAUGAUAGUCAUGCUAGUCAUCCAGUCAUCCUUACUUAUCAAAGUUAUCCUAACCAGUCAUAUCUAAGUCAUUCCCCAGUAAUCCUAGUCAUCCCAGUCAUCUUAGUCCUCCCAGUCAUCCAAGUUAUAUCUCGGUCACCUUAGUCAUCCUCGUCAUCUAGUUAUCUUAGUCAUUCCAGUCAUUCUAGUCAUCCCAGUCAUCCUUGUCAUGCCAGUCACCCCAGUCAUCGUAUUCACGCCACUCAUCCUCAUCCUUAUCCUGGGCAGUUAUUCUAGUCAUCCCGUUCAUCACAGUCAUUUCCUGUCAUCCCAGUUAUCCUCAGUUAUCCCAUUCAUCACAGUCAUUCCCAGUCAUCCUUGUGAUCCUCACCUUGCCAGUUAGCUUAGUCACCUCAGUGAAGCCAGUCAUCUUAGUCACCCUACUCUAUAUCAUCAUCACCAUUUUCUAAUGGUAGUGACAGAACUUUAUGCAGGAGGAGCAGUUACAAUAACUACAAACCUUGGAGAAUUUAUUGCUGAAUUUUACAGUACAAAAAAGAAACUUUAUUAAAUACAAGAUGUCUCACUGGAUCUUAAUCAGGAUACUUACAUUAAAAUAUAAGCUGUAUAUUGAUGUGUUACCUAAUGUGUUAAUGUUAAAAGUACAGAGACCUUCUAUCUACAAGGUCUUAGUUGUUCAAAGGUAAAUUAUUGCUAUCUGCUGGAAAGUAAUUUAUUUGAUGGAUAGGGCAAUAAAUAAUAUUUGUUUGAACAACUGGCACCAGUCUGUUAAUGGUCCAUUUCCAUCAUUUUUUGAAGAGGGGAAUGCAUUUUGCUUUGAUCUUUUUUUUCUUAAUUUGCAUAAGUCAUUAUCCUCAAUGACUGGAGUGGGGUAGAUGUUUUUUAAUGGAAAUUUCCUCCUAAUUAGUAAUGUUUUCUUUAUUUUACAGGAGUACAUGAUGACUUGCCUUCUAUGUGGUACAGCAGCGGCUUCUGUUAGUAUUUUACCUGAAGACUCUAACAGGACAAACCAUCUAUUUUAA